UAUCACAGUCAUAAGACACGGCCAGGGUUAGUCUCUAUUGUCUUCGAGGGCAAAAGGCGAAGCUAUUGUCUUCUCUAGUCUCCACAAGAAGUAGAGUUAUUCAGUUUAGCGCAGAAUAUUUGUAAUGGCCAUCAACAAUAAUAACAUUAUUCUAAGAAAACUAUCGUCGGAGAGAGCCAAAGGAUAUUACCAGCUAAACGAUGAAGAACCUACCUACUCGGCGCGAUAUCUCGGAAAGACAAAAGUGGUAGAGUUUUUGCGGCCCGAAAACGGACUUUCAGUUAGUGCAAGAUGUGUCGACAAACUAUACGAUGCUGUCCAAAGAAAGGCGAAGAAACGUAAGGUUUCGCUCUUAAUAUCGUCAAAUGCCUUUCGUGGAAUCACAGUCACUGACCAAGGUCCGGGAGUAAAGGAAGAUGUUUGCUACAAGUUGUUUGACAUUGCUUACUGUUGUACGGACUUGAGAAACAAAAUGAUCUUUUCUUUCAUCGUCGAACGAGAAGGCGAACUUGAAUGUCAUGCGUUCGUUUUCAAGACGGAGGAAAUGGCAAAAGCAGUUUGCUUGGCGCUGUCAGAUGCGUUUACGACCGCUCACGAGGAAUGGAUGCGAAAACGAAAACGCUAGGAAGGCAGCUAAGAGAAGGAGAACAUUGUUUCUUUUGGUUAGAGUUUUGGUUCUGCGUUUUAGCAUUAAAGAUGAGUCAAGGAAGAACUCGCUCGACUUAAGGAUAAGAAAUUUUUUAACUUCGUAGCUAGCUAUGGUAGAAACUGGAGACAACUCCCCGCUGGCUGUUGAACGAAGGACAUAGAUGUUUAUCAUACCGUAGUUAAAUAAUUGUUAUUCAAAUUUAUCAACAUCAGUUGAAUGCUUCUACCCAAGACCCUAAAAAAGUCAAGUUUUUCUUCUCGUAGGCUAGGAGGUCGCUACAUGUUAUUUGACAGAUUAGGAAUGCAUUAUUUCCACGAGGAAGUCCAUCAGAUAGUUUAGAUUGAAAACAAUGGUCGAUUUGGGUCAGGCCAAGGUAAAAGGCCACCGUAAUUUCUCACGUUGCGAAAAUUCGUUUCUGUUGAUUGAUGGAACAAAACGAGUAAUUGUAAAUUCAAGGUUCGCUUUGUUUCGUCCUCUUCGUUCGACUUGCACUUUCCUUGCAUGCCCGAUCAAACCGUUUGUCUUGUGACUAACGACGAAAAAUUUUGAGUGACCUUCCAACAACUCCCCAUUAGUGAAAUCCGAUUAACGUAUAAACGAACAAAAUCACCCAAAAAUUUACGGUAUGGGCAGGUUUGUACGGUUGUUAUUAAGACGGUCGUUUUAUUGAGAAACGUAUACCUUUUAACUUUUGAUGUUCGUGAGUUAAAAGAAGAAAAUUGUCAAAACACAAAGAAUUGUGAUAUUCGUGAUUUUGUUUAAAAAGAUUGUCAAAACAGAAAAAAAGUUGUGAUAAAUAUUUUGAAGUUGUCUGAUUGGUUAUUACAAACCUAAUGACAGAAGAAUUUCAAAGCAUAAA